CGGCGUCUGGACCCCAGGCAGCCCCAGAGAACCGAAGCCAGAGAAAGAAGACUGGGGCCAAGACGACUGGUGGGGGCUUGGAUGCCUGGCUUUCUCUGAGGACAUCUUUGGAGCGAGGGUGGCUUUGGGGUGGGGGAUUGUGCUGCAGGGAAUCCAGCCAGGCCCCAAGAUGGACACUUCUGGGCACUUCCAUGACUCGGGGGUGGGGGACCUGGAUGAAGACCCCAAGUGUCCCUGUCCAUCCUCUGGGGACGAGCAGCAGCAGCAGCAGCCGGCAGCGGCCCCCCAGCAGCCCCCGGGACCCCAGGUGCCGCCUCAGCCCGCGCAGCUCCAGCAGCCGCCGCCGCCGCCACCGCAUCCCUUGUCUCUGCUCGCCCAACUCCAGAGCCAGCCCGUGCAGCCCGGCCUGCUGCACUCCUCUCCCACGACGCUCAGGGGCCCCCCUUCGGCCAACUCCACCGCCGUCCUCCACCCUUCCUCCAGGCAGGGCAGCCAGCUCAAUGUCAAUGACCACUUGCUUGGCCACUCUCCAAGCUCCACAGCCACAAGUGGGCCUGGUGGAGGCAGCCGGCACCGGCAGGCCAGCCCCCUGGUGCACCGGCGGGACAGCAACCCCUUCACGGAGAUCGCCAUGAGCUCCUGCAAGUACAGUGGUGGGGUCAUGAAACCGCUCAGCCGGCUCAGUGCCUCCCGGAGGAACCUCAUUGAGGCAGAGCCUGAAGGCCAGCCCCUCCAGCUCUUCAGCCCCAGCAACCCCCCAGAGAUCAUCGUCUCCUCCCGGGAGGACAACCAUGCCCACCAGACCCUGCUCCACCACCCCAACGCCACCCACAACCACCAGCACGCCGGCACCACCCCCAGCAGCACCACCUUCCCCAAAGCCAACAAGCGGAAAAACCAGAACAUUGGCUAUAAGCUGGGACACAGGAGGGCCCUGUUUGAAAAGAGGAAGCGGCUCAGUGACUAUGCUCUGAUUUUUGGGAUGUUUGGAAUUGUUGUUAUGGUGAUAGAGACCGAGCUCUCUUGGGGUUUGUACUCAAAGGAUUCCAUGUUUUCGUUGGCCCUGAAAUGCCUUAUCAGUCUGUCUACCAUCAUCCUUUUGGGUUUGAUCAUCGCCUACCACACACGGGAGGUCCAGCUCUUCGUGAUCGACAACGGCGCGGACGACUGGCGGAUCGCCAUGACGUACGAGCGUAUCUUGCACAUCGGCCUGGAGAUGCUGGUGUGCGCCAUCCACCCCAUCCCCGGCGAGUACAAGUUCUUCUGGACGGCGCGCCUGGCCUUCUCCUACACGCCGUCGCGGGCGGAGGCCGACGUGGACAUCAUCCUGUCCAUCCCCAUGUUCCUGCGUCUGUACCUGAUCGCGCGCGUCAUGCUGCUGCAUAGCAAGCUGUUCACCGACGCGUCGUCGCGCAGCAUCGGAGCGCUCAACAAGAUCAACUUCAACACGCGCUUCGUCAUGAAGACGCUCAUGACCAUCUGCCCCGGCACGGUGCUGCUGGUGUUCAGCAUCUCGCUGUGGAUCAUCGCCGCCUGGACCGUCCGCGUCUGCGAGAGGUACCACGACCAGCAGGACGUCACCAGUAACUUCUUGGGCGCCAUGUGGCUCAUCUCCAUCACAUUCCUGUCCAUCGGGUACGGGGACAUGGUGCCCCACACGUACUGUGGGAAAGGCGUCUGUCUGCUCACGGGCAUCAUGGGUGCGGGCUGCACUGCCCUCGUGGUGGCCGUGGUGGCCCGAAAGCUGGAGCUCACCAAGGCGGAGAAGCACGUCCACAACUUCAUGAUGGACACGCAGCUCACCAAGCGGGCUGAGGAGCGUCAAGAUGGAGCAGAGGAAGCUGAGCGACCAAGCCAACACCCUGGUGGACCUUUCCAAGAUGCAGAAUGUCAUGUACGACCUGAUCACAGAGCUCAACGAUCGGAGCGAGGACCUGGAGAAGCAGAUCGGCAGCCUGGAGUCCAAGCUGGAACACCUGGCCGCGGGCUUCAGCUCCCUGCCCCUCCUCAUCGCCGACGCCCUGCGCCAGCAGCAGCAGCUCCUGUCCGCCAUCGCCGAGGCCCGGGCCGGUGCCGCGGGCACCACCCACACGCCCCCAGCCUCCGACAGCCCCCUCGGGGUACCUCUACUUGCGAGCAGGAAGAGGAGGUGACGGACGUGGCGCCCCCGGCAGCGCCCUUGCGGCAGACCUGGUGCAGAGCAGAAAUCCACGCUCCAUCUCAGAGUGGUGCUCCCGUGACAGCGCAGCCGACCCGAUAAACAGAUGUGCACGCAGAUGAGAUGACUGCAGUGUCUUUGUGGCCAGAGUUCCGUCUCACAAGGUGGAGACCACAGACAGGUUGUCCUGCACAUGCCAGCCCUGGUCACUGACCCCCAGCCCCCCCAUUCCCUCUUGUACACCCUUCCGUUCCUCUGUAACUGUGACGUGUGUCCACACGUGUGCACACACUGACACAUAGAGGGAUUUAGUCUUAACCUCAAGUGAACGACAUGCGAGAUGGCUCUGCCACCCCCCACCCAUUGACCCGCCCAGGUCUGUGGAUAAUUCUGUAAUCCCUCAUUCAUGCUGUGCACCUAAGUGAACCCCAAAGACUGGGCGAGCAGCCCUGGUAAAGGGGGGGCUGGAAUGCUGUCCAGCAGCAGCGGCCACUGGCACCCCAGGAACACGUGGACAUUUGUGGCACGACUUGGCCUAUUGGUAGUGCAGUAGUGGGGUGUGGUUUCUUUCCGUGGCAAAAGAAUACUUAAUCUUCAAAAAACGGUGAUCAUAUCUGCUUCUUGAUCUUGCGGUGGUGACUGGGAGGCUGCUUCCCUGUACCAGUGUUUCAGCUCUAUGUGGGGAAGUUACCCAGUCUCCCGUGAGUGCAGUCAACCCCGAUGACCUCAGUAUUGAUUAUCUGAAGUGUAGACCCCUCCGGGUUUUCUCCCUACAGCCCAUCUUUCGGCUAAUUCCGCUGUGCCUCAGCAUCGCAGUCAGAUGGGAAAAGGCGGCAGGUGCCUUCUUGUUCCUUAUUCUCAGAUCUGGUGGUGGGGGUGGUUUCAUUAGCUGCUCGAGCUUUGGCCAUCUGUAAAAACUAUUCAUUACAAUAACCUCACUCUAAUACUGAACCGACUGAGUUCUGCCCAGUUCUGAGGGCUGACCCAGUGGCAGUAACCCCGCUAUGACUUUUCUGAUAACUUAGUGACAGGUAGAAUGCCCUAAUAGUCCCCGAAAUAUCUAGACACUUGAAUAAAUACUACAGAGCCACCCCUCACCGCGUAAGCCAUACUCCAGCCUCGCGUACUGUAAAGUCAGGGAUGUACUGUGAUACUUUAAGACCACUGGUCUCCGUGGGAUUUCAGGACGUAGCAUCAGUUGGUAAAUUAUACCAGACUAGGGACUUCCUCCUCCUUAGACCGAAGUCCCAACACAAAUCUGCACGUUUGGGUCGAAGGCCACGUCUGUCUGAUCAAUAAAUUGUCAUGAAGUGUCUGAACUGCUCUCGCCCUGCCCCUCACAUGCAGCUUCAUGGCAGCACAUCUCUAAGGCCGCUUCGUGCGAUGCAGGGGAGCAAGAGGGUGAUGCCCUGGGGCACUGCUGACCCCUGGCCUCAGCAGGUGCUGGUGACGUAGCAGCAAGCUCAUACAGCAGGAGGCAUGGAGGACCCAGGUGCCAGCAAAUUCCCAGCGAACACCUGCUGCUCUCUCUAUUUAUUAGAGGCCGGGAGGGAGCAGCAGUGAAGAAAUCAGGUUGUCAUGUGUUUGAGGAUUUCCCCCUUAGAUUUCCAGUGAUUUCCAUGUGAGUAAAGGAAGGAAAAGGAAGGAAGUUAGAGACACAGAAUCGAGCAAAUUAGCUCUAAGGCUGACCCACGUCUUUGGCCAAUUAGUGUAACCGCCUCAUACCUCAGUUUCUCCGUGCAUAGAAUGAAGACGACAGUUAAUGUCCUUGCAGUCAACAGCAGCCAGGCUGCGUUCCCGUCCCACACCCUCGGGUAGUGCAUCGGAAUGUCCUCAACAGUUACCACAAAGUGAUUAUCCCGUGUCAGCUACGUAGUGAACGCAGCAGGGAGAAAUGCGGGACUGGCACAUAGGACCGCUCUCCUCCUUUAGGGUGCCCCUCCCCCAGCAGUGCACCCCAAAUUAGGAAUCAGUGUUUCAUCCCAGAACAAAUGGUGUUACUCUCACAGCCGAGACACUAGGAAGUCAUUGCACUACCAGUAGGUUACUGCUCUUUAAGUUACUGCUUUUAAAUCCUCAGAUACGUCCCUAGUUCUAGAGUCUUUCUACUUCCCUGAAAGUUGUUUCAAAGCAGAGUAAGGAUCCGUUAGUGGCCACCGUGCCGCCCCCGUGGACUCGGCGACAGCACUGGGUUUCAGUACCUUAGACAGCUGUCUGGGGGGGGGGCGUCUCCCGGUCGGCGUGGGGCACCCCCCCACCCUAGUCGGCCAGCGUUGCCAUGCCCUGGACACUAUCCCUUCUUCCUCUGCUGCUGCCAAAGUAGGCGUGGAGUGGGAAUGGGGCCAUCGAUGCCACCAAGAAGGGGUGUCCCAGGGACUGUGGCGUGGACUGCCGGCCCCUGUCGGUGAGUAUAGGUGAGUGCCCGUCGUCCGGAACGCUUGUGCCAGGCUGCAUGAGUACACGUUAACACUAAACUCCUGUCAGACAAGUCAUGUGUAGGUUUUGUACCAAAAUAGACGGAAGCUUCUUCCAGAGCACUCAGUGCAGUGGUGUACAAACGUACACAGGUCGAGAAAACCAGUAGCUGUGAUCUGUUUUUUUCACACCAGUACUGGAAACGCCCAGACAUGAACUGGAGUCCCUUCUGAACAAAACCAUUAUCAAAGCUUCAACGUAUGACCUCUGAAUCUAGGUGCCAAGUGCUGUGCUGAUAGCUGUUUACACGCCUGAGAAGCGCAUUCUGGAAGCUGUACCUUGGGCUUGGACCGUGUGUUCAAACAAAAGGAAUGUUGUGACCAACCAAGCUGAUGGAGGAAAAGCACAAAAUUCAACACCAACCCGUAGUUAGGAUCCCAAAGAAAUGCUGAAUUUAUAGCCAAAAAAAAAAGAAAGAAAGAAAAAGAAAUCAGUGACAAAUCAAAUACAAAUCUGCCUGGAACAGCCAACGUGCAGGUUACCAGGGGAAGGACAGGACAUCGAUGACAUUUUCCAGCUGUGUCACAGGGUCUCAACCAGGACUGAUCCAACUUCAUCAGACAUUUUAGCGGCCCGACGACUCACUUUGGUCCCAGACUCCACGUUCUGCGCCGAGCAGAAGAGAACAGGAGAGAGAGUACAUUUCCAUGGUGAACUCGUAAACUGAAGUGUGUGUGUUCAGAAUCACGUGAGCUUCGAUGUGAAUUUGCGUCUUGCCUCUGGACUGCUUGCUAUUUUUUAAUGAUAGGAGAAAGCAUAACAGUUUAUUUUAAAUAUGAAAUAUAUUGCUAUAUUAUAAAAUAUAUUGUAACUUUCACUGAACAUUUUGUAUCCAGCUAGUCCUGCGCAGGCCCAGUGCCGCCUGCUCUCCGACGGCUGUUUCUGAGUACAUAUCACCGCGCGGCUGCGGACACCCAGACCCAGGAGCUCAGCUCCACAGCUGCCGUAUUCUAAUUCCCUAAGACCUGCCCGUUAGAGACUAAAGAACCUUGUUCCCAACGUAGCAGAAUACUUGUACCAGAAACUCUGUCAAGCCAUUUCAGAGGAGAUUUUAAAGCCAUGGCUCCCUUAGUGGCCGCCGAGCCGUUUAAUCCAUGUGCAACUUCUUCCCAUGCAAAUGCCAGGGCCCCGUUAGGCAAGCGGUAGGAGCCUCAAACUGAGCUGCCCGGUUUCCCUUUGGGAAUGUCAAACUUGGGCGUAAGGAAGAGCCUUGUUCUCCUGUGACACAAGACUCAAAAUUCUAGGCCCUAGGCGUUUGUCUCUGCCAGAGUCAAACCAGAAUGGGAGCCUCACUUAUGCAGGCCCAGGGAGUGAGACCCCAGGGUGCGAAUGAGCUCUUCUCAGCUGGCGGGACCCUGGAGGAAGCAGGCUUGCCCGUGUUUAUCCACCACCUAGAAGGGACCACAGCUCCUGGGCGAGUGAGGGAGGCAGCAGGACACGCACAGCAAGACCCAGCAAGGUGCUGGGCUUCCCUUUCUGCUUCCUUAGCAGGGAGGAAAGGAACUCCUGCCACGGUGUUACCUUCAGUGGCAGAAUUGGGGGAAGUUCUCUGCUUGAGCGACUCAUGCACUCCACUCCCUCCUUGUCGGAAUUGCAGUUUUGCAGUUGAGACGCAUGUAGAAUUUCUCACUUCCCUCCUCUGAAUGACAGAGGGACUAUUUCUAGAUGAAAACAGGAUGUGUUUCAUUACAGAACAAAGGUUUUCUAGAAUCAGUGGUCCCCUUGUGUGUUAGCAUCACUCUGGGCUGAUAUUGCUCCGGUGGAAACCUGGGAGCAUCAGGGCACCUGAGCUUGUGUCUCUUCCCUUCUCAAACUGGGAGGUCACAUGGCUAGACUGAGAGAGCAAGACAACAGGCUUUCUCCCGGGGAGGGCUGGGAUCCUGUCGAACUCUGGUACUGGUUACUCUGAAGGAGAACUAUGCGGACACCCAGCUCUGGUCUGCCUGUGUAGCUGGGAGCUCAGUUGCACACACAGUUUACUUUUAUUGAACCAAGUGCUCUCAGCAUCUGCUAGUCCCCAAUUACAUGUAAGGCCGGGUUCCAUUAAAGCCAUCAGAACUCCAGGCCACCUGUUUUUAGCAGGUUACUCACUUGCUGGUAAUGGAAAUUAGUUUAUGCUCAAUUUUAUAAUUAACUGAUGAAUGUACUGGUGGUAAUUGAUUUGUCUCCUAAUACUUUUCUGCUACAAAAUAGAACUGUCUCCUUUGGCUUUUUCUUCCAGCACUUCUCAGACUAAGAACUUUUUCAUUUAUAGAGAGCAAAUAUAUUCGGAUUUUCCCCCUCGAAGUUAUUAUUCAGUCUAGAUCAGAAAACCAAUGCAAAUUCCUCAUUUGGGGAAAGCAGACCUCUAGAUGGUAGUUCAGGUAAACGGCCAUACACUAACCGUUGCUAUUCAAAGUGCGGUCUACAGACCAGCGCCGUCAGCAUCACCUGGGAACUUAGAAACGCAGACUCUUGGGCCCCAUGCCAGACCUGCUUAAUCCAAUCAGGCAUUUUAACAAGAUCCCCAAGUGAUCUGUAUACACAUUAAAUAUUGAAAAGCUCUGGCCUCACCACACAGCAAUGGUAACCAACAUCAUUAAUAGCUGGAAAAUUAAACCAUUUGUUCUUUGACCCUCAUUUACAGAAUUACUUGAUGAAGUAAAGUCCUGUAUGACCAUAAGGAUAAAAACAAAUGCACCUUAACAUUUCUAUUCGAGGUCAUAGAACAUGGCUGGUGUACAAAGGAGGGCGGCCUUUUUCCAGUCUGAUUUGUAAAAAGCUUGCUUUGUAGCCUUGAGCUGCUUCCAAGUCCCCUUUUUAGGUUUCUGGGUUUAGCCUAUGCUGGCAGGGCCAUUGGAAUAUCAGGCGGCCCCCCAGGCAGGUCCCCCUGGAAGGGUACCCAGUCCCUGCUUGGCACAGGACAGAAAUAGCAGCAUCUGGGCUCCUUCCUUGAGAAAUUCAGCAUCCCCCCAAUGAGGACUCGCCUCCCGAGGAAAAUUAGCAAGAGAAGUUCCUUUAACCAUCUAGAGACAUUCCUAAUCUCUUUUCAAACCAGUCCUCUUAAUCAUGACCCCAACCAGGGACACUCCAAGGUGAGCAAGGAAAAAUGUGGAUUGUGGAUUGUGGAAAAAUGUGGAUUGGCACCACAAAUCGAUAUGUACCCAGAAACAGUUAUGUUCUAAAUUAAUGGCUUUAACCUGUUCAUUGUAAAAAGUGCCUUGGACUUCGAUCUAAAGAGGUCAGUAUAAAUAUGUGUGUGUGUGUGACGUAUGUAAGCAAAUAUUUACAUAUUUAUACGUACAUAGGUGCACACACAUGUACCCGCACAUUCAUAUACCAUAUACAUAUACAUAUAUAAACGCUUCAUAAUAUGUCCUGUUGCUAUUCGCACCCCAUUUAUUUUGUCUGGUCUUAUGUUAUUUGUUUAGUGACACCUUUACAUAGAGAGGUUCUAUUCAGGACAUUGAUGUAUUUUUUUGUUUGUUUUUUUACUUUUUAUUAAAAAGGUAAAGGAUAUUAAAAAAAAAAAAAAGUCAAGUGCCUGAAGGUUUUGAAUGGAAUUGUGGUAAAUUUUCUCAGGUCACCAAAGAGGAAACUGAUCUUUCCUUUUGAAAAUACUUUUCUGCUGCAGUGACUUUUGUUUUCCCUCAGUGGGAGUUGAUAAAUACC